AUGUCAGCCCUACGGAUUCUCGUCCCAGUGAAGCGGGUUAUUGACUAUGCGGUCAAGCCCCGAGUUAAUAAGGCCCAGACAGCCGUCGAGACAGCCGGUGUCAAACACUCGAUGAACCCUUUCGACGAACUCUCGGUCGAGGAGUCAGUGCGCAUCCGCGAGAAGAAGCGUGCGCCCGGCGGCGUUGAGGACAUCUGUGUUAUCUCUGCAGGCCCGCCCAAGGCCCAGGAUGUGUUGCGAACAGCCAUGGCCAUGGGCGCGGACCGAGGCAUUCACGUCGAGCUUAAGGAUGGCGAGGAGAUUGAGCCUCUAACAGUAGCUAAGCUACUCCAGAAGGCAGUGGAACAGCAGAAGAGCAACCUGGUGGUGCUGGGCAAGCAGAGCAUUGACGACGACGCCAACCAGACGGGCCAGAUGCUCGCAGGUCUGCUCGGGUGGCCGCAGGCGACACAGGCCAGCAAGAUCGAGUUCGGCCCUGGCGACGAGGUUACCGUAACGAAGGAGGUUGAUGGUGGUGUCGAGACGGUGCGCGCCAAGCUGCCUAUGGUCAUCACAACUGACCUACGGCUCAACGAGCCCCGAUACGCAAGCUUGCCCAAUAUUAUGAAGGCCAAGAAGAAGAAGUUGGAAAAGACCAAGUUGGCAGAUUUUGGACUGGACGGCGUGAAGCGUCUCAAGACCCUCAAGGUUAUUGAACCUCCCACUCGACAGGGUGGUGGCAAGGUGGAGGAUGUUGGUGGCCUUGUUAGCAAGCUCAAGGAGCUUGGUGCUCUGUAA